AUGCCAAGCCGGCCUGUAGAGUACCAAUCGGGUGAGGCAACCACUUACUCGGACGACGACUCGCCAAAGUACAGGGACAAAAAGGGGUUGAAGAAGUUCUCAACCAGUAGCCUGCAUAAGAAAAAAGACAGAUUGCAAGCAGUGAGAGACCUUUUACCAGCCAAACUCAUACGAACAACGACCGUCAAGAAAAAUACCCUGGAUCCAGUCUGGAAUGAACGAUUCAGAUUUGACCUUGACGAUAUCAGUGCAGACUGUUUACAUUUAGACAUCUGGGAUCACGAUGACGAGUAUUCAGUGUUCGAAGCCGCUAAGAAGCUGAAUGAAGUGUCUGGAUUCAAGGGAUUGGGACGCUUUUUCAAACAAGUCGCCCAGUCUGCCAGAAAAGGAAGCAGUGGCAGCGUUGAUGACUUUUUGGGUUGUGUCAAUAUUCCGGCCAAGGGUGAAAUUCAACUGAAGUUGUGCUUGACAACGCGUGAGGAUAGAGGCAUUCCUGAAGAUGACAAUUGGACUGAUAUGAAACAACAUGAGGAUCUUAUAUGCAUUUUCAUCGAAUACAGAGUGCGGAAUUUCAACGAUGAUGUCUCAAAAUGGGCUGGAAAACUACCGCAAGCUGCCAUGACCAUUUUACAUCAGCAUGCCAUCCAGGGGGACAUUACGGACUUGCAGCAAGCCAUUUGUUAUUGGUCAGCGUUUUGCCGGAAACACAUUGAGCAUUCCUUUGAUUAUGCUUUAAUGUACUUACAACUUGAAAACCUGGAUUCACUUUGGGAGCCGGGGCAAUUAUCGCCGACUGAGGAAGAAUCUCUCGCCGAGUCGUUCAGCAUUUUCAUUGAUUACUGUCUAAAUCUGAUUCGAAAGCAAAGAGACGUGUUUCUCCCAAGCAACAAAGAUGUCAUUCACACGUUGGAAUGUAUGCUCAGGUAA